AUGGCGGAUGCUACAAACGAACUCUUCGUGUUUGGAGACGAUUUUGAAACGAUUUUGAACAUGUUAGAGGAGGAUGAAGCAAUCGAGAAACACUUUUCAACUACAGCGAUUGAUGUAAGUAUAUUCUAUGUGAAUUCUUCGGCCUAUUUCGGCUGUAGUGACCCUAAGUGUACCAUACGCGACUCUUUGACAACAACCUGACCAUCGUACCCAACGUUGACAAGUUAACUACGCGAAAUUUUGUAUCGCCAAGAUACUGUCGAGCUAGAUGACAAAACUGUACUUAAACGUAAGCUUAAAUUAACUUUGAAGGCCAUAAAUGUCCAUGCAUUUUGCGGUAAUGACCAAGACCACUUUGUGAUCGUUUUUACCACAGGUUCAAUCGGCAGAUUUCGUUUGUAGUGACUGUGGAAAGAAAUACAAGACAAGAGGAGGCUACCAGAGACACAGAGCUUCUAAGCAUAACCCUAAUGAAAAUGACAGACAGGAACGGACGACUCUCACUCUAAGCAGUCUUGCUGAAAUUGUAAAAUAUGCCAUACAGACUGUAAACAGAGGCAGAGCUUUUGCACCAAGCCUUAGGAAUGAGUUGAAUUUGUACCAAUUCAAACAAUUUGAUGAGGGAACUGAUGAAUUUACCGUGCUGAAAACAAUUUAUGAUGGAUAUUUGAAAAAUGGGGACGUCGAGAAGUUUUAUGGAAAAUAUUAUGGUCAAGUGCCAUUGCAGGGUUUUCAACUGUUUUGUAAAGUAGCGGACAUACUUCUGAAAGCACCGGACGUGAAUGUUUUCUUGGCGCCGUAAGGAGCCUCGCGAGCACCGUAGUAAAAAAAAAUCGCCAAUAUUGAUCUCAAAGUACCGGACGUGGAAUGGCAAACGACCGGAUGAAGCGUCCGGCCUCCGGCCUCAAAUGAAAACCCUGCCAUUGCAGUCCACAAAGUUUUUUUCAGGACUAUCCCACAAUGCUGCAACAUUAUUAGCAACUAAGGUGGCAGAUAGUAUGCUGGUAUACUGCAAGUCCACGAAGGCUUGUUGUAGCAGCAAUCAUCCAACCCAAACUCUGUUAUCAGAGAGAGAGAAGGCUGGUCUUCAAUAUGUGGGAGGUUAUGUAUUACAUAAUCUACACAAGUAGCAUGCAAAAAUAUCAACAAUUGAAAGCAAUCAUGCUAUGGCAGUAGUAUAGCGCGUCUGACUAGCAAUUCCCGCGCGGCCUGGGUCCGAGUUUGAGUAAUAAUUUAUUCAUGCCGUGUAGGUACACGUGUUAGGGUUAUUAGAUAAUUAUAUUCAUGACGUGUAGGUACACGAGAGUAAAAAUUGAUUAUUAAUGAGCGAGUGUCCAUGUCGGCCAUCUUUGUUAUUAAAGAUAAGGGUCGGUUUGAUUUAUAUAUGGAACGGUAGCGUAAAAAUCAUCCAUGUGGGAUACCUAUUUGUGUGAUGCGCAUGUGCAAUCUUCUGAUUAAAAAUGUACGCAUGCGCAAUGCUUUAGAGCCAGUCCCUAUGUGGUAUGAAUGUCACGAAAUGUCCUAUGGCUGGUACUUAUGUGGUGUAAGACGUCACAAAAUGUUACGUGUGACGUCAUCUGCCCAGACUUGCCCACCCAAGCUAAAUCUCAAGAGAGAUGUUGUCUAAACUUGUCUAGGACUUGCUCAAGAGUUGUCUAGUAUUGCUUAAGGCUGUCCGAAUCUCUAGGGGUUAGGAUUUGUUAUUUAAAGUGAAGUCGUUGUAAGUAGAAGGAGUCAUAAACAUGCCUGUUUUUCAUUAUCCCUACGAUUUUACGUGUACAUGCAAAACAUGUGUCUGCUUACAACGCGUUUCACGUGGGUGGAUCAUCUUACAUCCAAUGUAUUACUUGGUUGGUUACUGACAUCAAGGCUAUGACAGAAUUUGAACACUCCUUAAAAUGGUAUCGCUUACGCCAUAAAAAAACCGAGGUAUUCUUAGAGAUUCAGCCAGUCUCCAUUACCAUGGAUUGUGACAGAGCUCUCGAGAGUCCUAGAGAAAUUAUCUAUCGUAGUUAUCUCUGCUCUCCAUCUCGAGUACAACUUCGAUAUUGACCAGAGCAAGAAAAAAAGGCCAGCAAAGUGUGUUGUUACAUCCAAUUCGGGAUGGGAGGAUCCAAGGCUCAAAAGAAAAUUUCCAAUCUAAAACGCAAGAUUCGUCAGCAAGCAUCGAAACAUGUUCAUUCUUGUAAGGAAAAAGAUCUGGAAAUACAGGAAUUAAAACUAAGGGAAAGACAUCAUGACAUUAUAUUUCGCGAUGCCUUACGAUACAUUUACCACCCCUAUGGAAACCAGAGAUGUAUCUACUAUACCAACUGGGAUAAAGAAGUCGCAGAUGGUUUCCAUUCUGCCUACCACGAAAUAGAUUACAGAUAGAGAGACAAAAUGUAAAACCAUGUAAAAGUUUAUUAAUUACAAAAAGUACGCUACGGGUGUUGAAUAAAAAUGUGUAAUAUUAUAAUUGUUUGAAUUGUAAUUAGUAGUUAACCAAAGAUAAUCUUCUAUAAGGGGUGCUGCUACAUCUUCCUCAUAAUCUACAAAACCCCAACUUAUGACUGGUGUGACAUUACAAAUAUGAUUCACAACCAUAAAAAAGUGAAAUUGGUUAAAAAGUACAACAAUUUCAUCAUCUUCCAUAUCUAAAAGACACCAUAGUGUAAAAAAAAACUCGUCGAGAUCCUCCAGAGGGAAAUCAUCCAAAGGGAAUUCAUUCUAAAAAUGUAAAAAAUUUAAUUUCAUAGUCAUUACUUGACCACAUCGUAGCCAACCACUCAUACCUAUGGAGCUCUCUUUCUUGGAUAUCAUAAAAACAAUGUAUGAAUUGGUUUAUGUUAUACAGUGAAAGAACACAAUUUAAAAAAUCAACAUCUUGAAAAUAAACAGCUAAAUUAAAGUUUUCCAUGACUGAUAAUUCAAAUUUUAAAUUGCUAAAAAACAAAUAGAGGGCAUCUGUAUCCACAUAGUUUUGAUGUAUCUACGAAAGAGAAACCCCAUAUAAACGAAUAUGAAAAAGUUGACCAUAAAAGUAAUUUUGCAGUCAUUCCAUGGGUACGCGAUUACUACCAGGUAUUAUUUCAACAAACGGUAACACGGAAUUAGGUAAGAUAUACAAAUGUAAAUAAUGAUUCCAUAAUUGUCUUGGCGUAUAAAAAACCGUGUCGUUCUUCAGCAACUAAUUGUAACCUGAGGUAAAAAUUUCUCAUAAAACAUGCUUGUAUUGAAAAAUAACAUCUGGGAAGAGGUCGUUGAAAAUGUCUUCGUAAAGAACGAAUUAAAUAGUAUGUGGUAGUCUUUAUAAUCGGAAAUCUAACUAAAAGUCUACAGAUUGAUUCUUGAGGUAUCUAUAAAAUAGAAAAUAAACGUACUCGCAUAAAUAAAUUGCUAUGACAAUAAGAUCGGUUUAAUCUUCUUGUUUCGUAGAUACCCGCAUGUAUUCCUAACAUAUCACUUAUUACAGUAUUUUCUAAAAGAACAUCAAAAAGUAAUUGAUAAUAAAAUGUAUCAGGAAAUAAGUGAUGCGCUUGAAAAAAACUAUUUUGAAAUUCCAUACAAAAUUGUACAUGAAUCACAUAAUAUUCCAGUCUAUUUAUUAUAAUUCUUAGAGCUUGAAAAAGAGCUCUUAAAGAAUUUCGAAUGAAAUUUGUUUCUUGAUCAGUCACAUAGAGCAAACAUAAAGUUGACAGGUAAUCAUGUGGAGGAAUCUGAAAUCAUUAAAAAAAGUCUAAUUGAAUUACUAUUGUGUAAAAUGUCGUAAUAAAAAGAAAAAUGAGCUCUCAUAUAAAAUUCAGACUCUCCUACAUGUCAAUAAAAUUUAAAGAGCAAAAAAAAAAAUUAAUAUCUAAAACGUUCACGAAACAUAUAGUGGCAAUAACGAAUAGAAUCACGAUUUGAAUGCGCAGGGAAACGCAAUUGAAACCUAAAAAAUUGGUAUAGUACUCUUCUAAUGUGAUGAAAAAAAGCUACUAAAAACUCAGCGAAAGGAAAGUGUUGAGUCAAAAACAAUCUGCGUAUAUGAGCUGGAACGAUUUCAUCGAUAUAGCGUUCAAAAUACGUGUUAAAAUCUGGAGGUUUAUAAAUUUCAAUUCGAAUCAAAUCAUGUUCCACAUCCAGUCUAGUAAGAAUAUUCCGCAUAUCGGUGAUCAGACGAAGUAAAUAAUUGCUCAUAAACUCAUGAUCGACGAUAAAAUACGAUGCUUCAAAUACGUCAUGCAUCUAAAGAUGAAUAGAAAAAAGGUUGUCUUAGUUUUUAAAAAUUUUUUUUUUUUUGAAAUGUUCACGCAAACAACGAUUCGUAAAAUAAAAAACACACAUACCUGUUGAAUCCUGGCUUCGAGCGCUCCAGGUUGAAGCAAUGCUUCCAAAUCUUGGAUGACCUGUUGUCUUUGUGCUUCUCUCCUUGCCAAAUCCUCGUUUAUCGGUGGAUUUCUUAUUGGAUCAAUGGCGGCUUGGGCAGCAAAUGGUCGUCGGCAGUAUCCAUAUGCAGCCGAUGUAUGGACAUGUUGCUGGUAACAUGCACGGUGAACUCGUCUUGUACAGCAUGGUGUCGCUGUAGCAUUAUACAUGUUUACAGUAAUUGAAGUCAAACAGAUGAAGCAAUCGUAGGGCGCUCCGUCUUCUUCGACAUCCUGACGUCUUAGUCGUCGUGAUCUUCUAACAGGAGGCAUCUAAAAGAGAAAAGCGAAGUAAAAUGUUAAAAAGCAAAUCUAGCAUAUAAAAAACGAAUGGCAAUCACAAACUUACCUUGUGUCACACUUGUAGUUCACGUAGAAGAUCACACACACGUCAAAACUUCUUCUUACUGAUAAAGUAGUAAAAUCGUAUUCAAAACCUUGAACCAACAGUUGACGCUUCUGCUUUAAACGCAAAUUGAAAAGUGGAAAGCGUUUCAACUACGUUUUCGAAUAAAACAGAGCCCCUUAGGGAGAACAAUUAAACAAAUUUGAAGCUACCUGAGGCUGCCCAAUCCCCUAAGGAAAUCGUCGCCAAUCAGAGUCGUUGUAUACAGCCUGAAAAAUUUGAAAUUCAAAUUUCAGUUGACGCUUCUGCUUUAAACGCAAGUUGAAAAGUGGAAAGCGUUUCAACUACGUUUUCGAAUAAAACAGAGCCCCUUAGGGAGAACAGUUAAAGAAAUUUGAAGCUGCCUGAGGCUGCCCAAUCCCCUAAGGAAAUCGUCGCCAAUCAGAGUCGUUGUAUACAGCCUGAAAAUUUUGAAAUUCAAAUUUCAUAAAAAACUACUACAAAGCUUGCGCCAUCAUCUCAAAGGCUGCAGAUGUAGAUGAAGAAGUAGUAAAGUGUAAAGUUGUAGAUUGAAUUGAGGGAUCGAGCGAUGGCGAAACGAAAGUUUGACGAAGUGGAAUAUGGGGAUGAUGGUAUUUCGGAUGACUUAUUAAACGAAAUUGGAGAAGUCUUUGAAAAUCAAUAUGGCAACGAUGUGACAGACUCGCAAAUGGUUCAAUUUGGUUGUGAAUUGGAUCAACAACAAUUAGAUGCCCUCGACAUUGGUUUGGAUGAACACCCUGAGCAAAUUGGUGGUGGUAUGCCCUUGUUUGAAUUUGAUUUUCAAAAAUUUGGUCUCCCCAAGCGGUGGAAGAAAUCAGCGGCGAAUCAACAAAGAUAUCGCGCCACAUUAAAACAGAGGCGUAACCCAACAAAGAACGAUAAUGUGGGAAAAGAAGUCACGGAGGCUUUAGUCAGGUAAGAUGAUCAUGAUUUAGUUUCUGUCGUUAAGUAAUUGCUACGAGCACUAUGAAACAGACAUAGAUAAAAAUCAUCAUGUGUCUUCGAUAUACGGAGAAGCUGACCUAGCAAUAUCAAAACUUGUCUUAGAAAUCAAAAAUGAAAGAGAAAAAACUGCUAGAUCCCUAAGGACCUUUUUUUUUUUCUUAGAUCGAUGAAAGAAACACUCCAUUGCAAAAAAGUUACCGACCAGUGGCAAAACAAAACAUUGAAAGAUACAGAUGAAGUGUUUUUAAACUUUAAAGCCGAGAAAUUUGACCACCACGUACAAACACAACGCUUUACUGUCGGUGAAAUCAUGAAUGGAAAUGGCGAAGAGCGAUUUGGUGCAUAUAUGAACCAACUGGCCAAUCAACUUAACUCGAAUGAAUCUUUUAGCCCUGAGGAUAAGUUCGCCGUCGACCUCACCAUCGUGCCAAAACCAAAGGAAGGUGGUAAAUCCAAAUUAACAAAGGGAAGACAUAAUAUUGAAGAUGUUCUCCACAACAAACAAUGUGUAUUACCGAUUAAAAAUUCAGAAGACAACCUUUGCCUUGCAAGAGCCAUUUGUCUAACAAAAGCCCACUUGCAUAAAGACGAUGGUGUAGAGGGAAAGCGUUACUAUAAGAAUCUUGGAAAUAAUCCGAAUGUGCUCACCCGAUGCGCCAAAUUCCUUCACAAGCAAGCUGGUGUGCCCGAAGGCCCUUGUGGGCGUGCCGAAUUAGAAAAGUUUCAACAGUACCUGGCGCCCGACUACCAGUUGAAAGUGAUGACCACAUGCUAUCCAUAUUGCAUUACGUUUCAAGGAAACGUGGAAUCGCCAAAGUACAUCAUCCGCCUCCUGUAUCAACCAGAGUACGAAAGCGAUAUGGGUCAUUACCAUGGAUGUACGUCUUACCUCGGAUUCCUGGAAAGAUCGUAUUUUUUGUGACACGUGCAACAAAGGCUUUGACCAUGACGACUUCCGCAACCACCCAUGCGAGGGCCGUCGCUGUAAAGCAUGCAAGCAGACCGAAUGUGGUACAAAACCUCACGAACCCACUCUCCACUGCUCAGCCUGCAACCGCCAUAUUUUACAGUCAGAACUGCCUCGCCUUACACCGCGCAAAAAACAUCUGCAUGACCCUAGUACGAUGCGGUAACUGUUGCAAACAAUUUCAGCCAGACCCCCAACAGCUACACCGUUGUUACUUUGGAAAAUGCUCUAACUGUAAGGAGUACGUGGACCUUAGAGAACACAAAUGCUACAUUCAACCCAUCCCUGAACAAGAAGAUUCACCCAAACGGAAAACGAAAGCCAAAAUCAAGAGGCAUUUAAAAAUAAACCCCGAGGCAUCCGUGUACGAAGAACCAUCCAUCUUCGUCUACGCGGACUAUGAAGCCAUGAUCAGCGAAGACGGAACACACCUACCCAUUUGCGUCUGCGCUCAAACUUCCGAAAACAACACCUCCUACACGUUUUAUGGUGACGAUUGCAGUAAACAGUUUCUGGAAUUCUUGACGAACCUUACCGAAGAUCAGUACAAAGAACCGCGUGAAGUCAUCUGCAUAUUCCAUAAUUUAAAAGGGUAUGAUUCCAUUUUCAUACAGCAUCAGCUUGUGAUAGAAGGAAGAAAAUUCGAUGUGAUGAUUCCUAACGGCACAAAGAUGAUUUCUCUGGAAGCUGGUAAAAUCACAUUUAAAGAUUCCAUGGCUUUUCUUCCCAUGGCUCUGUCCGCAUUUACCGACACCUUUGGUCUCACCGAGUUGAAAAAAGGCUUCUUCCCACACAAGUUUCAUACGCAAGAAAAUCGAAGUUAUGUGGGUCCGUUACCUGAAGUUUCUUACUAUGAUCCGGAGGGAAUGUCAAGUAAGAAAAAAGAAGAAUUUGAAGUGUGGUAUAGAGAAGAAGCAGCCAAACAACACCCAUUUGAUCUCAAAGAAGAACUGCUUGCAUACUGUCACUCAGAUGUUGCGUUACUGAAAGCUGGAUGUCACAAAUUCAUCCAAGAAUUUAAAAGCAUCGCCGGUUUCAAUCCUAUGGAAAAAUGCGUUACGAUCGCCGCAGCGUGUAACCGUUAUUGGAGGAGGAAACAUUUACCCUUAGAUCUCAUAGCAGUAGAACCUUCAUCGGGGUGGCGAGGUGCCCGUAUGAAUCACUCCAAAGCAUCGUUGGAAUGGUUGAUGUGGCAAGAAUACAAUACCAGAAGUCGAAUUCAGCACGCACGUAACGGAGGAGAGUAUCGUAUCACUGUUGGCCCUACCUCGUACUUCGUGGAUGGUUAUGAUGCACAGACCCGCACAGUCUACGAAUUUCACGGGUGCCUCUAUCAUGGUUGUCGUACCUGUUACACCAAUCGCAAACAAAUUCCGUUCUGUUCCAAUGGGUUGACCGUAGAAGCCUUACGCCAACAGACCAGUCAGAAAAUCCAAAAACUCCGCGGUAAAGGGUAUCGAGUGGUGGAAAUCUGGGGGUGCGAAUGGGAGAAAGAGAAGAAAGAAACACCAGUCAUUACCGAAUUUCUAAAAGAUUUGGAUAUCGUCCCUCCUUUGAACCCAAGAGAAGGUUUUUACGGUGGUAGAACGGGCGCCGCCUGCCUGUACCAUAAAGUAAAUGAAGAAGAAAGAGAAGAAAUCCGCUACAUCGACGUAACCUCUGAGUACCCCUACGUAAACAAGUAUGGUAAUGUACCCUGUAGGCCACCCGGACAUCUAUUUGGAACCAGAGAAUCAAGACCCUAGAAGUUACUUUGGCUUGAUGACUGUGGACAUCACCCCACCCGCUGACCUGUAUAACCCAGUCUUACCAUACCGUCAUAAAAUUGGAAACUCCUACAAGCUGACCUUCCCGUUAUGCCGUAAGUGUGUAGAAAUAGAGACACAGAAAGAACAUAUGCUGGAACGCGACUAUCACUGCCCACACAGUGAUGAAGAACGAAUGUUACGAGGCACCUGGUGUACCCCAGAGAUACAUAAAGCAAUCGAAAAAGGAUACCGACUCGUCCGAAUUCAUGAAGUAUGGGACUUCCCAGGCGUCGAAAAGGUCUGUUCCAACCGUACUUGGACACCUGGUUAAAAAUUAAGCAGGAGAGCGGUGGCUACCCAAACUGGGUGCGGACCGAUACGCAAAAAGAAAAAUACAUUCAUUGCUAUGAAGAAAAAGAAGGUAUCCGACUCGACCCUACCAAGAUCGUCAAGAACCCCGGAAGAAAAGCCACGGCUAAACUCAUGCUUAACUCCUUCUGGGGGAAAUUUGGCCAACAAAACAAUAAAUCGAAGACCAAACAAUGCACGCAACCCUACGAACUCCUAGAUCUGCUUGACGACCCUCUCUUCACCGUAACAGACAUCCGUAUUCUUAAUUCCGAAGUGAUAGAAGUAUCAUACAAACGCGAUGAAGAAGAUCCUUACAAAGGGAGCAAUACUAAUAUUUUCAUCGCAGCAUUUACCACCUGUUUGGCCCGCCUUAAAUUGUACGAAUCGUUGGAGAAGUUGGGUGACCGAGUCUUAUAUUACGAUACAGACUCGGUCAUAUAUACAUGGAAACCGGGCAGACAGAAAUCGAGCUUGGCGACUACCUCGGCGACAUGACCAACGAGCUUGACAAUGGCGACUUUAUUGUAGAAUUCAUCUCCGCAGGUGCGAAGAACUAUGGGUAUCAAACAAAGAAUGGUAAAGUGGUGUGCAAAGUAAAGGGAUUCUCGCUGAAUGUACGUGGUGCCAAACAGCUAAACUACGACAUCAUCCGCCAAAAUAUUUUGGAUGAGGUUCUUCACCCGUUAGAUGAACAAAGAAAAACGCUGGUAGUCAACCCGACCCACUUUGUCAGAAACCCCACUUUGAAAAAAAUCAAGACUGAGACUCAGACGAAGUCGUAUCAACUCGUGUUUGACAAGCGAGUUUUAGAUCAUUUGCACGGUUUUAAGUCUUAUCCUUACGGAUAUUCGCGACUGGAUGCACAAGAUUUGGAGAACAUGGACUUGUUGCUUUAAUGAAAAAAACAAAGAAACAAACAAAAAAAAAACAUUGACACUCAAAGCGAACAUUUUUUAAAAUUAUUUUUUAAAUAAAACAAAGUUUUAAAAAAGUUUUCAUGACGUGUUUGUUAAUUCUUAAAGUAAACGGUUAAUUCUUGAAUCCCUUGGGUGACCACUUCCAUUUCGGUGAGGCGUACUACUUUUCGUAACUUUUCAUAAUAAUCCCUUCAUGUUUCUUCGAUUUGUUUUUCUUGAGAAAUCAUGCAUAAUUUAUAUUUGCGGCAUCGACAUGAAUACACUCGCGGCAUCUUUAGUGUCUACAACUUAACAAAAAACACUACACUGAACGUUUUCUAUGUUGUUCAAUAUUAUCAAGCCAUUUCUUUGAAAAAUAAGUUCUUUCCUCCACGUUACGUAUCAGUUCUUUUAAUUGGAGUUCUUUUUUAUCUUCCCAUGUAUGAUCCGUUUGCGUUUCUUUCUCUUCUUCUUUUCCUGGGCUUCAGUUUUUGGCGGCGGCGGCUUCAGACAGACAGCCUCUGGCUGCCUCUUUUUGGUUAAACAUGUUAUCUCACUCGUCUAAAAUGCAAUGUGACUAUAGAAGCGCCGUCUGUAAACUGAGCCAAAUUAUUAUUUUCCGACUCACUCAUCUGUGUUUCCACCACAUCGAUGUGAUUCUUACGUAACUUGAUGUAAUGAAUCUGCUUGGGUUCGUAAUAAUAAUUUCCUUCCAAGAUUGGUUGGUAGUGUAUUUGACGUAUAAGAUCAGUCGUCUGAUCUCCCACGCGUACUGGAGCACAAAGGGAGGAAUACAUAUACAAGGUUCGUGGGUAAGGUAAAUUUAAGUAGGUACUUCUCUUAGUAUUGAUAAAGGUCCAGUUCAGAUCGCUAAGAAGAAAUCUAUGAUAUUUCUCCGCAAAUCGGUCUUUCCAUGGGAUCUCAUAUCUGUAAUACGCCAAACUGGAUGUAGUAAGCCUCCUAUCAUAACUCCACACCGUACCACGUUUGGUCACUGUGAGAUUAUGCGCCGGUCGUGAUACAUCACAAUUCUCUUCAAUAGGACCACUAACAAUACGACGAUAAGGAACUGUUGUUUUUUUCGUCCAACCAAACAACUCACACAUGUCUCGAGGUAACUCAAAAUAGAGACCGUCACGAACUUCUUGAUGAGUUAUAUCAGUCGAUUUUACCUUGUCUGCUGUUACAGUAAUCGUUUCUUUAUCCUCAUCCGCAAUCACUUCAAAUUGUGCACUGUGUCCUGAAGAAAAAUGACUCCCAAACGCCGAGUCCAUAUUCAUAAUACAUUUUAAACGUUCUUCAUCAAACAAGGAUUUGAGUAAAUCGUGAACUGUCUCGAUACGAUGUUGUUUGAUGUCUCCAUACGUGACAUUGUAAGUCACUUUAUGUUGUAUAUCCCCAGUGGCUACUUUAACUCGUCCUGUGGUUAGCAAGACAUCAUCGUCUUUUAAUCCUUUGAGGUAACUGGACACCUUAGAAUCGUGUGGAAGCGAAAUACUACUCAAUCCCACUUCCCACUCUCCUUCUAAAUCGAUGCGUUUGUCUAAUCGAUUUUUCCAAGAAUUGUUUUUGUUGUCUGGAAAAUAUUUCAGACUCCCAUCGUUACUGGGUAACGUCAAGUAAAAAGUAUCACCUGACAUGAUGUGCUCUCGAUAACGACACAACUACAAAUGAACCGGAGACACACACUGUGUUGCAUUUUCACAAGUUUUAUUUCAUCAUUGUAGAGGCGUUACAAUUUUGUUUUAAGCUUAGCUUGCAUGAUUCGCUUCACAAUUUGCUCGGUUAAACUCUUCUUGCCUGGAAACUUAUCGAUUCCGGCUACCAUCUUACGAUCUGCAAUAUGUUUGUCAGCGAGUGAUUUAGCUUUACUGUAAUCAAUAUCGUGCUGUUUGGCUAAUCUAUCAAGACGAUUAAUUCCUGGAUCACCACGUUUUAAUCGCUUGGCUAAUUUUGUACCUGGACCCAUAUACUGGUAUCCGGGCCAAUGAAACUCGACACCUAACUUUGAAAUCCAUUUCUGAAUAUCAAAUUUUCCUCCUCUCUGUCGUUUCCUUUUAGCCUUAGCUUGGACGGUUCUUGCCCCUCCCUUUGCCUUUCUUCGACUUUGGCGUUUCGUCAUCUUCAAACACUUGAUAUGGGUCGUAACCUCUCUUUUCCCAAGGUUCCCAGUUACCAAAUUCUUUGAGUCGUUCCAACUCCGUGCGAUGCUUUUGCGGUGUGGGAACAGGAAGUUUUCGUUUCGUUUUUUGUAUCUUUUGGGAUGGAGCUGUGAGAAAAGGAAUCUUAGACGUUCCCGGUUUCGCAGGGGUGACGGGUUCGUUCUUGAUCCCCACAGGUGUGACAGGUUCCCUCUUGAGUGUCAUCUCAGGUACGGCGGCUUGUCCCCUCAUAUUUAUGGAUUUAAUGAGUUCUUUUAACAAUCCCUCUUGCAACCCCUCCAUGAGAUUACCAUCAUCGUCUCGAGGUGGAGGUUCUACACCACCGGCGAUAGGAAUCUGUCUCAAUUUGUCAGUAAGCUUGCGUUCUUGCAUUAACAAUUCUUUUACCACAGGUUCUUUUAAAGCAGCAGGAGUAGAUGUAUCUUCUAAUAACAGUUUUGCUUCAGCGGCCACGCGUGCGGCUUUGUCCAGAAGAGUACUUUCAGUAAUUUUUCCCUUGUAAUAAUCUACCAAAGCUCGAAACUCAUCGGGUUUUACCAUUAAGAACGUCUCCAUAAUCGCCACAAGGGUUCCACCACACGCAUACGCAACCACCGAAACAGUUGAGUUAUUGUGAGUCUACACUCGGUUGAAUCCUUAUAGUCACUGUCGUCGUCGUCGUAGUUGAAUUGCAAAUCAAACUUUAUACCCGUGUCCACUUCGUUUAUACCCUCUUGCACGGUGACAGUCAUGAUCUCUUGAAACACUGACAGAACGCGUCGUUCAUACCACUCCAAAAGCUACCGCCUGUUUGAUUCACAAGUAAUUGACGCCGCUUUCUUAAAGAGUUCCUCCGUUUACCCAACUCUCUCAACAUUACUCUAUAUUUCUUGAGUUUGGCAACGGUGGGCGGUGAUAAAGGUAUCUUUUUCUUCAACAUGUUCAACGUGAAUUCACUGACGGCAUUGAUUUGAUCUUUACUAGCGUGAAGUAAUUUUUCCAUACGACGCUUUCUAUUUUUCUCUUGUAAAAUAGAUUUUAAAAAAUCCACAUUUCUCUUGAAACUAUUAAUCAUCGCUUUUUCUUUGUAAGAGCUUCUAGGCCUUUUUUAGCCCCAAACGAUGCAGCUCCUCCAAGGGCACUUAAACCCAAUGCUUUACCUCCAGCAAUGACAUGGUUCGUACGCUUUUGACUUUCUGACAUUCCAUGACUUUCCAUGACUUUUUCCAUGACCUUUUCCGAUUUUCCAUGACCCAAUUGUUCAAAUUAUUUUUCUCAAUAUAUACUUACAGUACCAUCAAUUCGUUUUUUCCUUGCAUGUUAACCAAAUUGUAGAAAAGAAGAAGAUGCUAAGACCAGUUAAAUUCAUACGUAUAACACGGAAUCUUUAUUUCCGUGCAACAAAAUGACACAAGUGCAACAACACGACGUAAACAGAUACUUUUUUACUAAACUUUACAGUCCAGAACUAUAUCUUUUAAAUUUCCUAAGAUAAACUUUACAGUCCAGAACUAUAUCUUUUAAAAUUUCCUUAUAAAACUGUACAGUCCAGAACUAUAUCUAUUAAAAUUUCCUAACAAAAUCUAUACAAUGCAGACUUAAUUUCCUAACAAAAUCUGUACAAUCCAGAACUAUAUCUUUUAAAAUUUCGUAACAAAAACUGUAUAAUCCAGACUUAAUUUCCUAACAAAACCUGUACAGCCCAGAACUAUAAAAUCUUAAUUUCCUUACAAUACAGUCAUUGUUUCAGUGUUCACAAUUGCAGUAUGAGGUUUCAGUUUUCAUCUACAAUAUAGAAAAAUAUAUGAGUGCAUCCUUGUAUGAACAAAUCUAUUUGUUCAAUGGUUAAAUGCUUGCAAUUCUGGUAAAUAACUUCAAGAAAGCAGUACUUUUGGACAGGUUGUCACUCGGACUUAUUUAUCACACUCUUCCAAUUCCUUGUUUAAGUUUUCUAGUUCUAUCUUCUUCUCCUUUGCUGCAUUUCUGAGUGCAUUUGAUUCGGUUAACAAGACGAGCUGCCUCUUCACCUCAGCCUCUUUAGCUAAUUUGUCAGCAUCAAACUGUAAGGUGGUGAUCUCUGUUUCAAGUCUCUUCUUUUUCUUCUGGAAAUCAGCUUUUGCUUCAUCCACAGAUUUUCGUUUGUGGCUUUUGGCAACAUUUUUCGCAAGCUGUCGCUGCUCUUCAAGAUGGGCGUGAUACCGCUGUCUUCCUGCUUUAGCAGAGGUAAGAAGCUCGUUCGAAAUGACCAAUUUAUGAAAUCCAUCAAUACUCAAUAUGUGGUCAUGAAUGGUGCGUUGGGCAACGAAAGUGGUCUCCUUCAUAUUCUCAAUCAUUAGCUGUCGGUUAACGGAAAAUCCCCUUUCUACACUUGCUUGCCCAUGUGAGAGACACAAGAGGAAUUUCACAACGUCCCACAGUUUGGAAAGUGAACCGACAAGACCAAUGUGUUUUUGGAGAAAUGCAUCCAAUCUCUGAUCUGUAAAGUCAAAGUCUUCAAACUCAGACUUGUGCACCUGUGUAGCCCGUUCCGUAAAUUCACUGUACUGUGACAACAAAAUGUCACAAUCAUGAAUAUCAACCCUCUUGCAUUCUACCAAUUUCUUGAGGACAAUCUUGAACCUCGCACAGCUUGCUUCUUUCUCUGUCACAAUAUGAAUCGGAUCCAAACAGCACAGGUUCCUGGCAAGGAAUAGGCAAUUGGGGUCUUCUCAAUAAGUUUUCCAACUGUAGCUGUAAGGAACGACUGGAAUUCCUUCCUAAAUUCAUAUGUCUGACGAUCACUGAUUUUCUUGGCUGCUUGCAAUUCUUUUCAGCUUCGUGGCAGCAACAAAACCAACAUCCAACUUCUCCACGUCAAGGCAAUUCUCCCUCUUCUUGAAGUCAAUCUUCAGAAGCUUUACUGCAGAGCUGGCACCCUGGAGUACAUCAGCUUUGACGAACCUUUUCAUGAGACCACGAAUCACCUUCUCUAGACUGCUGGCCACAAAUGGUAGAAGAGGGCUGUCGCUUUGGAACUGUACCAGAAAUGGUUGCAGCUGUUUAGCCACUGACUCAAAAGCAGCAAAUUUGAGAGGCAUUAGUGGAUCUUGGGUUGAAUCUCUUAUCGUCUUGUAGGACUUUGAAGUUGGCACACUAUAUUUGCUGCUACGUUGCACCGUUGUCACAUAGAAAGUGACUUCUUUCCAUAUUUCCUGGGCCCGUACUACAACUGGCAGGUUCUCCAGCCAUCUGUGCUUGCAGUACUUAAUUGGAAAUACAACACUGCUGGUUAUUUCUGUGUAAUCCUCUCUUCGUGCUGGUGAAUCCACAAAUAACCAAUGAAGAGAAGACAGAACUUCCUGAAUGCUCCAAGUAGAUGCCUUUGAUCCAGCUUUGAAAGCAUUGUGUACAAUGUGAAGUCCACAAGAGCCUACGUUAACUAAGAUGGGUGCGUUUUCGUCAACCUCAGAGAUCAGUUCCUGGAAUAGCUCAUGCAGUUUCCAAUUCACGUUAGGCCCGUCCAUUGACAACUGCAAUAUGUUGGACUUCUGAAUCUUGAUACUAUCAAGGUAGCUAACGAUCUUUUCCAAAAGGUCGUCGGCUGUAGCAUGUCCCAGAAAUACAGAGGUUAGGUACCUUGUCUGCACUCUGGAGUUCUUUGCAUCCCAAAACCUAACAUGCAGAUCCAUCUGCUUGGUUUGGGUAACUUUAUUGUGCGAUUCAUCAAAAAGUAAAACAAACAAUUCAAGUUUUGUGACUUCAUCCGUAAGCUUACGUUGGAAAUAGGGUGCUAUGCCAAAACAAGCUAAGUAAGCACAUUUUUUCUCGCCACAGGAAAACUUGCUGGCUAUCUGGCUGUCCGGAAACAUACGUUUAAAUAGUUCUGGAAUGUCCUCACAGCUCUUGUAACUAUAGUGAGACAAGAUUACUUUCAGUGCCCACAAAACUUCUGCAGCAAGUGUCUCAUUUGAAGCCACAUAAUUUCUUAUAUCACCGGCACCGGAAGAACAUGGCUGUUCAGAGCGUCCUACUUCAUGUGAACCACGCUGGCUUCCAACAGCAGGUAAAAAGUUUCUGAGGCUGGCAUUGCUACUCUCGUCUAAAAUCAAAUUAAAAAUGUUUGUUUAUGAAUAUCGUCAAAAAUGAGCCCUAAUUAAAUGAAUUUACUGUCACAGAAAUCCUGGAAUCUCAAAAUUUCACAAUAGCCUCAUCGAAAUUGCAAUCCACUUAUAAAAAUAAACCAUAUUUUACAGGCGCCACAACAGAACUGAAGGAGGGGGGCUGAAGCCAUAAUUAAUCCCAAUGCUGAGCCACAAAUGUCAAGGAAAAAUAAAAACUCACUUUUAGUGUAUUAGUGUUGUAUCGCAUAGUAUUAACUAUUGUAUAAAUUUUGUAUUAAUAAAUAAAGAUGCGCUAAAUAAAAAAAAAUGAAAUGGCCGUUUUGCUAGUCCCUCAUAAUACAUUAACUUUAUAUCUGAAAUUUAAUAUACCUCCGAGUUUAGUCCCACCGGCCCCAACCACCCCCUGCAGCCUCUCAAAACUCAAAAGAACACUCUUGCCUAAACAUCGGUACAAUCCAUGCAUUAUCUUUGUCAUCCCGAAAUUAAAAAGACAUUUAUUUAUAUUCUGUCGCUUUAGAUGACAAAUUCUUUUUCUGUUCUGUUUAUUAUUUUGCCGAUUCUUAUUACACCACAGCACUUAAAUCUAUGUUAUACCCAAUACAGGCUGCAUCCUAAAUGAAUCACGAGUUGGUACAAAUAUCGAGACAAAUAUCUAACGCAAACAUGCAUUUUCUUGUCUUGAUGCAAACUUUAAAUUCUAGUAAAUUCAAAUUUGAACACACAAACGUACCUUUAACAGCAUCGACGUGCUUCUUCGAUUUCAUGUGGCUUUUCACUGCUGCUUCUCCCAUAUUUUGAACAGCGAAUGUCUUUUUGCAUGCUUUACAUUUUGCCUCUGACGAAGAACUCCCGCGUUCUAUCCACUUAUUAUACUGCGGGUUACUCAGCCAAGCAUCUUGGAAUUUGCAUUUUCCAGGCAUUAUAUAUUAAAUCUGCUUGAAUGAUCGCUCAAGCUCAUCUUUACCUCGUGGCAGGCCUGGUCGCAUGGCGAUGCUGGGACUCGGCCCCAGGUCUCAGCAAAAACGUAUCACACGGUAUCGGGGGAAAAAUGCGCGUUUGUCGUUGCAAACACGUAAACAAGGAAUAGUUUAUUAAACAAAAACUUGUGAAAGCAAGGAAUUUUCUUUAUUUUCAUCUCGGUUUUUGCAAAAUGUCAAAUUAUAACAAUUUUCCAUGACUUUCCAUGACUCUGAUCGAAAUUCCAUGACUUUCCAGGCCUGGAAUUUUUUUUUCGAAAUUCCAUGACUUUCCAGGUUUUCCAUGACCCGUACGAACCCUGAAUGAGGGCUGGAAUGAGUGCCGCUAAUGGUAGGAUACCUCCUUUUUGUCCUCUUUUGGUUAGUCUUCUUUUCACUCUUCUUCUCCUUCGGGUUGUGGGCAUACUGCGCUUAUAACCAGGCAUCUUUCUUAUUUAUUUCUCUCUGUAACAGCGUACACAACCUUCGUGUCGUAACAAGUGACUUAAAAGUCUCGUAGAAUCUCUACUUGCAGGGUGUACGUCAAAUAACAAAUAACCACAGGGUCUGUCCGUACAUGCAUUAUAUAUAUCCAUAACAGGUAGCCACUUGGUCGGGUAUAUCUGUAGCAGUAAGGUGCGCAACGCCACUUUAUCUCUAGGAUUUUUAAAGGCAAUAAUGUAUUGCGCAUUCCUAGAGAUGGUCUUAGCAUAUUUUCCUUGAGGGAACAUGUCUUGGCAGAGAUAACACACGGUGACAUUCAUGUGGUGGGAAUAUUGUGUGAAAAGAUUAAGUAUUUCUCUGUCAUCUCCUCCCUCCGACAUGAGAUCAUCCAAGACAAGAAUACCCCCUCGUUUAUCUCCAAACCAUGUUGUUAAAUCGUCGUGGGUAGGCACUCCUUUAAAAAAUUCUAUGCCAUGGCGUUGCAUGUCGUCAAACUUAUUUUGCCAGGAUCCAUAACAGUAAUGCACGCGGGGCGGUCUUUCGUCAAAGAGGUCUAAAUUUUCCAAAAGUAGGUGAUGGAGAAAGGUGGUUUUUCCACAACUUGUAGGGCCCACAAUCAAAAUAUUGGAAGGGGAUUUGAACGAAAAUCCUGGUUCCACACACUUGAACAUGAUUGCUAAAAGCGAGUUACACAAAAGUGACACGAUUUUAUUUCACUCCUUUUAUUUUAUUAACGAUUGAAUGAUGUCUUCUAACAUGUCGCCUACUUUAUCAUCGUUGCCUACAUAAUCCUUUUUAGAAAACAUGGAAAAAAACUCAUCCAUACUCUUGCGUCUUGCUUUACACAUUAAAUAAAUGAUGGCAUAGUUUCCACAACUUGCGGUUUUUACAGAUUGUAAUGCUCGAGUAUUUUUACGCACGUAAGGCCAUCGGUUUAACCAUACAAUGAAUGGUGUCAGAAAUUCAUAGGUGGUUAAAUCUAAACCAUAACUAUCUAAAAUUUCACAGCUAUCGUGUUCGGUCCACACAGCUAUCCAGUGUUCCCCAGGUUUGUCUGCAGGGUGUGUAUUGACAAUGUAAGCUCUCGGUUUCACACGUUCAGGCGACUCGGGUAGUUCGUCACAGGCUAAAGCACUCACAAAGUACUUGCGGAGUUCUGGAUCGCUAUCCGCUAAAGUGUUGAGUUGAUUCGUAGUAAGCCACACAAACUCCAUCACUAAUGCACUUCCAUCGUGGUAGCUCCUUUAAUGCCAUCAAUUUCCAUAAUGCUUUCAUAUUCAGCAUAAACGAUCACCGUUUUCUGACUUGCUUGCCCUGCACAUUUAAUGUGAAUGUUGAUGAAGCCUUCAUUUUUAGGUAGAAGAACCGGGUCAUCGUGUCUUCCAUUGGCCACAUUGGAAAACGCAAACAGCGUGCAAUUUUUUCCAUGACCCCAGUCUUUGAAUCGCACCAUGUUUCCUGCAUUUCUGUACAGACAGCCAGUAGCAUCCAGAAAUCGGUGAUAACCCACCAAGUCUUUUUGACCAUUAGCCGUGUUGAGUUCCAAAGUCUCGUAUGGGUAUUCUUCUCCAUUCACAAUUUGUUUGAUGUAUUCCACCCCAAAUUUUCCAAAGGCCAAGGGGUCUUCGUUGUAUUGACCAUUGAAUGCAGUAGUUUUCAGAAUACCAAUGAUGACUCUUUGAGGGACCUUUCCAUUGAAUGGGUUGUUGAUUUCUUUAGAAGUAGCCCCAUUGUCUAAGGGAAACUGUCUCAUCUCGGUACGGAUCAUGGGAUACUUGGUUGGGGUUUUGGUCAUCAUACUCAUCAUGCUCAUGUAGACGGCUGGGUUUAGGGACACCAGACAUAGAAAGAAGGUAAGUUUAAUAUCCUCUGGGUUGACUCGGACUUCCUCACUGGGUGGAUUGGCUUCUCCAUUCAUGAAUAAAGCUGCUGGAUUCAGAUAAAAUUCCAAUUCCAAAAGAGUUUUGGGGACGAUCCAUUUUCCUUGGUGAAACGCGUCUAUAAACGGUUUCAUUCUCAAGAUUCUCCUCUUUCCUCCUGCAUAGUAAUCUGUUGCAUCUGCUCUCUGUCUCUUGAUGCUUUCUUGAUGAUUUAUGGAAAGAGCUGUAUACGCGUCAUCAUCCAUCUUGACAUUUGCAGCGGUGUAGGUUACAGGAGAAUCAAUUUCGUUCCGCCAUCCAGCUGGUUCGAGUAUCGUCUCUCCAUCAUUCCUGUCAUAAUUAAGGAUCGUCUGUAUGAAAGCUUUAAGAUGGUACAUGUCUACUUGUUCGGUGAGUAAGGUACCAUUGGCUCUGAAAUUGAUUUGCUUGAAGAGGGUGUGUGCAAUAUUGUUGGCUGGUGAAGUCAUCACACCCACAUUGUUUGCGCGUGCUGUGAGACUGGCAUUUUCUGUGGUUUUGAAACCCAAAUCCAGUUGGACAAAACUUCUCGAAAGAUCGAUGAGAUCUGAUUGUCGUUCCACGUACACUUGGAUAGGAGUAAUACUAGAUGUCUGAGGUGGUAUUUUGACAUAUCGGUACUUUACCGUAGAAAGAUCUGUAGGUGGUAUUCUAAAGAGAUCUAGACUUGAAUUCUGCUCUGCCCCUUUGAUAGACAUGGUGAUGUGUCUGUUUCAACGUCUUCUGCGUUUAUGCACACGUUGUCGUGUUCCUAUUUUCUUUAUACGACUUGUGAGAAAUCCUCCUCGUUGCUGUUGUUUUCUUCUUCUCCCUUUAUACCUUUUUAAGAUGGAAGACACAGGAUCUGUCGGUGAUGUUGUGCCUACACCAAUGAUAGGAUCACUUUGACGUACGGUGCUGAUGCGGACCAUGUUUUAUUCUCCAAAAAUAUCGUUCAACCUCUUGGCAACUUUUCUCUUCAAUUCGUUCUUGAGCGCUUGGGAAGCCCCUCUCUUUAUACCUCGCGGCACUUCUGAUAACGAACGCUUUUUGACACUGCUUUUAAGGCCUCCUGUUACACCUUUCAAAAAAUCUUUAGCCAUGUCUUUGACUCCGGCACCUAUUUGAGGAUCACCCCAGGAUCCGAUAAAAGGUGGUGGGGCAUAAGGUGAGGGGGUCUGCCAGCGCAUGAGACCACCACCUCCUUGUUCAUUUGGCACAUACACUUUAAAGCGUCUCAAACUUCCUCCUCUCAUGAUGCGAUCACCACAAACACACAGUUCACUUUAAAUCUUUUUUUAUUAAUCCAACUGUUAUAUUUGCUAGGGUACCCUUUCCACUUGACAAACAAUUUAUCCUUUUGUCUCUUUAAUACUUUUUCCACUCGAAAAUAGGUCGCUUCAUCUACAUGUACUUUUUUUGCAAAUCCCACACAUAAAAUGUGCCUUGUAAGGGCGUGUCAUCCAAUUCUUGCACUUUAUAGGUCGUUACCAUUCCGGGUACGACUUUACGAACUUGAAACACUUCUUCCGUCCAUCCUGGUAGAUACCCUUUCUUAAACGGUCUAAAUUUUUUAUUCAAUCGGACUUUAUCGCCUACUUUAAAUGCAGGCUUUUUUUUUCUUAGUCUGAUAUUUCCCAUACAAAUUGUUCCACACUUCUGUGGCAUUGAAUGUGGUGACUUUAGCUGGUGUAGUUUUAAUACUCCUGUGAUAGGUGCGAUUGUAUUGAUUGACAAGUUUGGGCAAUAUGUCUACAUAUUUGAGUGUGUUGGCAGCCGUGAAAUAGCGAUACAAUUUCGAUUUAAGGGUUCUAUUAAAUCGUUCGACGAUACUGGCUUUGGCAUCUCCAUGAGUAGAAAAGUGAUGAAUCUCCUGUGUUUUCAUCAAUGAUUGAAAGGUCUGAUUGUAAAAUUCUUUUGCUGCAUCUGUCUGUAACGUCUGAGGUUUCCUUCCUUUGGCUUCCUUGAGUAUUUUUGCAAACGCAUUCGUCACAUCUUUUCCUGUUUUCUUUUUAAUCGGCCGGGCCCACGCGUAUUUGGAAAAGGCAUCGAUCACGACCAAUACGUAUCGGUAUCCCUUGUUCUGUUUGGAUAGGGUCUGUACUUCGAUCAAAUCUGCUACCCAUUGUUGAUCAAUGUCGAACACCACCACAGGUAAAAAUUCUCCUCGUCGACGUCUUGGUUUGUGAAGCGUGUACGCCAAUUUUUUCUCUAAUUCUUUUUUACCUUGAGCAAUAGAGAUCUUUUGAGCUUUGGCAUACGGUGCCACACCACCCAAACUACCGACUACACCGGGAUCAUCAUACAAGUCGUCCUUGACAUCUUUCUUAAUGUUCUUAACCAUGAGAAAUGACACCAAAGUUUGAAACAAUGGUAUGUGACCCAAUACUUAUGAAGGUACUGCGUAUACAAACGAUUCCACGUCUUAUAUGUAUACUUCCCAUUAUAGUAUCUCAUAAACGUCAUCAAAUGAAAGAUACGGUUGUGUAGUGGAUGUAGGUGUGGUUUCACGACAAACUUAAACACCUCAUCCUCCAUGUCUACGGGAACCCAUUGGUAAGGGAUUUUAUGCAGCUCAUCCUCUUCGUAGACGAUACGUGUGAUGCGAUCACAAAGCCACGACACCACUCGAUAAUGUAAGUAGCAUAAACAUUGACUCCACGAGGUAGGCAUGAUGAACUCAUGAUUUUUUUUCAUCGCCGACCCUUUUUAUAAUGCUUGACAUUAUCUAUAAUGCCUUUCAAAGCCUGUUUUCCCAGAAGUUUGCCAAGUGUUCCAAAACCUGGUGCAGGACCAGAUAACAACAUACUUGCUGCGUAAGCUAAUUUAUCGGUAAGAGAGGGACCUCUACGAAGAAUUUUCUUAACCCUACUCACAGAAGCACCCCCACGUUGAUUGCGUUUUCUUCUUUUAAUCAGUGACCGUCUUACACGCCUCAUGAUUGACACAGACAAAUGACACAGUGUUUUCGGUGAUACAACUUUUAUUUAUUUAUCCAUAUUAUCUUCUAAAAACUGUACAUCACAAGCAAUACAUUCUAAGUCUUUAUCCGACAAUCCUAAGCGUCUAGCUAAUUUUCUAAACUUAGGCAUACCGAUCAACCAAGCGAUUUCAACAUGAUCGUCCAUAGACAAUGUAUCUAGCUUUGUGUUUCUACCCAUCAACCGUGCGAUUUCAAGAUGGUCUGUACUUAUCCCAUCUACAAAAAAAAAAAAAUUAACAAAACUUGGAAUUACAACUAAAAAACAUGAGUAAGAAAAGUUUGAAUGAACACUAUGCCUAAAAAAUUAAUACAUUCGACUCUCAUUACUUUCUUUGAAGUAAAGGAAAAAGGGCUUCUAAUAAAUCAGCAAAUGUCAUCUUGACAUCUAGUCCUGAAAUGAAUCAUUCAUAUCCAUCCGCAAGAAUUUGCACUGACCUCUUGUUGGGUUUAAAUCGCCACCACGUAAAAAGAUCACAGUUAUGUCGACUGCAUCGCAAAUACAUUUUGCCAUAAUUUGUUUCUGAUUGAGUCAAAGACAAUGUGGGAGUCAUUCCACAUUCGCACACCAUCUUGUCGAUUCUGUCCAGGGUGAACCAGGGGUGACCCUGUCUUUGACAUUCAUAGUAAUAACGGUUGUAAUCACUGAGAUUACAAAAUACUGGGCAACGGGCGGACGAGCAACGGAGGAAUACAUCGUCACAAUCUUCUUUUUUAGAUUUUAAUUCCUCCAUCAUAGUCUGGUGGAUGGGACAUGGAUAACUGACUUCCACACUGUCCAACAAUUCUUCCAGAGAAGAAUAAUGAAACAUACCUGUACCUUCUACGUCAGGUACGAUUUCUCUUUCUUCCAAUACUUCAGUCUUCUCCAGGGUUGAUGGGUCAUUCUGAACACUUUCCACCAGCUGGUUCAACUCUUUCAGAGGAGAUGUUUGCUUAGAUGACUUGACUUCUGGUUUCAUAUAAUCCACCUCGAACUUGGGUAGUUUCACAUCUUUAGCAACAAAGUCUGGGUUCUUCAUAGGCAGUGCAUCUAUAACGAGACUACCUUUCAACUUGUUCUUAGCCCAUUCUUUCUUAUUCUUCAAAGUCUCUUUCUUGGCAUAAGGGUGAACCCUCUUUGAUGUCUUCUUAGUCUUGUUAUCUUCCAUCUUGCUUUCUUGAUGCUUGCUUUACACUCUGGGAGUAAGAAAUGUGAUUUGCCUGCUACAACGACUCCACUUUUAUAAGGAAAAUAUAUGAUCUUGAUUGACAGGUUCCUCUUGGGAGAUUGGGCAAGUUUGGGCUGAAUCUUUUAGACUUAAAUUUCGUAAUCUUUUUGUAAUCUCUUCCACACGUUUCUCUACAUACGCUUUUCUUAUGUUCCUAAUCUUGACAUUCCAUGCCGCUUCUUCCAUAAUUUCUUUAUAUUUGAUACACGAUUUACAUGUUUUGCAUGUACACGUAAAAUCGUAGGGAUAUUGAAAAACAGGCAUGUUUAUGACUCCUUCUACUUACAACGACUUCACUUUAAAUAAUAAAUCCUAACCCCUAGAGAUUCGGACAGCCUUAAGCAAUACUAGACAACUCUUGAGCAAGUCCUAGACAAGUUUAGGCAACAUCUCUCUUGAGAUUUAGCUUGGGUGAGCAAGUCUGGGCAGAUGACGUCACACGUAACAUUUUGUGACGUCUUACACCACAUAAGUACCAGCCAUAGGACAUUUCGUGACAUUCAUACCACAUAGGGACUGGCUCUAAAGCAUUGCGCAUGCGUACAUUUUUAAUCAGAAGAUUGCACAUGCACAUCACACAAAUAGGUAUCCCACAUGGAUGAUUUUUACGCUACCGUUCCAUAUAUAUAUCAAACCGACCCUUAUUUUUAAUAACAAAGAUGGCCGACAUGGACACUCGCUCAUUAAAAAUCAAUUUUUACCCUCGUGUACCUACACGUCAUGAAUAAAUUAUUGCUCAAACUCGGACCCAGGCCGCGCGGGAAUUGCUAGUCAGACGCGCUAUACUACUUAUGGCAAUCUUAAAAGCUGGAAAAUUGGAGACAGGGUCUGAUUCACAAAGACUGGUGUCAAUUUUGAGUCGUGGAGGUCUUUGGUCCAUAACCAAGCCAGCAGAAAAGAUUUUUAUCAGAACAAAACAUUAUUUUCGACAAAUGACAUCUACAGUCAAUCUGGCUCGAGUUGACAUAGCUGAUAUUGUGGGCAAAUCAGUGAGUGAUAGUGAAUUGUUGUCAAAUUACUAUUUAUUAGUUUCUGAUGAUGAACUUGUUCCAGACAAUCACAUUGUCAAAGAUAUCUUGCAUGGUAUUGUACACUUGUAUGUCAGGGUGCGUUCAUUUUCUUUUGCCAAGGAUAUUAUCCAGCAUCAUAAAAUUAAUACGAAGCAAUCAAAAGCUAAGGCACUUCGCAAGGAGAUAAGCAGGAGCUGUGAAGAGCAACAACAAGAGAGGCUUCAUUAG